CUUUUUGAUAACAAAACACAGCAGAAAUGUGUAACCAAAAGCCAACAUGGGUUUCUCUAAAACAAAAAUUAAUCAACGAGAAAUGAUGUGGAUAUAAUUUACUUGGACUUCAUUCAGCAUUUGAUAAAGUAGACCAGAACCUACUUCUUGAUAAGAUAGAAAAAUGUGGGUAAGACAGCAUCAUUACCAGAUGGAUUCAUAACUGGCUGAGCAACUGCACUCAUCGUAUAGUUGUUAAUGGAACUGCACGUACAUGGAGGGGUACCUGAAGGCUCCGCCUUAGGCCCAAUACUCUUCAAUAUCUUCAUCAAUGAUUUACGUGAGAUGGGGAACUCUGCAGAUGAUACCUGGCAGGAAUAGCUAACAGUCCAGAAGAUAGGCUUAACAUACAGAAGGAUCUUGACAGAUUUGAACACUGGGCCCUAGCUAACAAAAUGAUAUUCAGUGGUGAAAAAAAUAAAGCAAGAAAUUUAGGCAAGAAAAAACAGUGCACAAGUAUAGUAUAGGUAGUACCUUGCUCAAUAUUAGUAACUGCAAGAGGGAACUUGGAGUCGUAGUCAACAGUCACUUAAAUAUGAUGCCAAAAAAGCCAACAUAGUCCUAGUCUGCAUUGAGUGGGAUAGAAUCAAGAUUACGUGAAGUGUUAUAAUGCCUUGGUAAGAUCACACCUGGAAUAUAGCAUCCAGUUUUGAUUGUCAUGAUAUAAAGAUAAUGCUGAAACUCUAAAAAGAGUACAGAAAAGAGCAGCAAAGAUUAUUAGGCUAAAACAUGAAUGGUUGCAGGAAUUGGAUACGUCUAGUUUAAUGAAAAGAAGGAGGACUAGGAGUGACAUGGUAGCAGAGUUGCAAUAUCUAAAGGGCUGCCACAAAGAAGAGGAAAUCAACCUGUUUUCCAAAGCACCUGAAGGGAGAGUAGGAAGCAAUGGAUUGAAACUAAUCAAGGAGAGAAUCCAGAACUAAAAUUUCCUGACAGAACAACUAAUCAGUGGGACAAGUUGCCUCCAGAAAUUGUGGGUACUCAAUACUAGAGGUUUGGAAGAAGAGAUUGGACAACCAUCUGUCUGAAGUGGUAUAGGUUUCCUGCCUGAGCAGGGAGCUGGACUAGAAGACUUUCAAGGAUCCUUCCAACUUUUGUUCUGUGUAAACUGGCCCAUUUUAGAGUGAUCCAACUCUGGAAUGUUCAUUUUCACCACAAAUGGACGUAUGUAAACAUCAGGCAGUUAUGAGUUUUUGAAGUAGAUCGUCUGGAACUGGAAGCUGUAGGUUGCCAUGAUGAUAUGGAUGUGACCAAGCCCCAAAUACACACAUCAGCCUUUUCCAUUUCAGUGUGAAGAUUCUGGAAACUGGUUGGUCCAAUACGGACAUUCUAAUCACGUACCCUUUCUUUGUAGCUAGUAACAUUCACAAUUCACAUAAUAGGUAGAUAUCUAUUUCACUUCCACAUGCAAAAGUAUUUCAAUGUUCCACUCCUAUAAAAGUGUUUGUUUUACUAGUUCCAAAGACUGUCAUCAUCAAUCAUUACAUCUUCACAGAAUAUAGAUAGUUCUUAUUUAACAACUGCCUAGUUUAGACACUGCAGUUCAAUAGUGAUAAAAAAUAACUUUAUGACUAAUCCAUUCAUAGGUCUGUAAAGCAAAGAAAAGCUGAAGUUUUAAGCACAAUCAUACAGUAUUUCAUUUACCAACUGCUUUGCUUAAUGACCAAGUUAUUAGUCAGUUCUAGUCACUUAAGCAAGGACUACCUGUAUAGGAAAAACAAUGGUGCUGAUUACCUUAAGUAUGAACUUUACAGGUAUGCUGGGAAAGGUUAGAUUUUUCAUGUUUAAACUAGAUUAAUAAAGAUUAAUGUUUAAUUAUUUAGUAUAUUUUUAUCCUGUCUUUUAUAUAUAUAUAACAAGGUAACGAACACACCUAAUAUUCCAGCCUCUUGUUUUCCCCACAACUGUUGUCAUUGGAUACGAAAUGGGCAGCAAAUAAAUUUAAUAAAUAAAUAAACUGAGCUGAGGUGGGUUGAGUUGGGUUGGGAGAGAGUGACUGGCCCAAAGUCAUUCAAAUAGUUUUCAUACCUAAAGGCUUAGAACUCAGUUUCCUGAUUUGAUAUUAUGAUGAAGGCUACCUCUUCAUCCCAAUAUCAAACUGGCUCUCAUUUACAUGUGAUUAAUUCGAUAUCUAUCGUACAGAAAUGAAGGUUUCCUCUAGAAACAAAGGCCUAUUUGCUAGUUGUGAAAUGAAACAAUUUGGUGACCAUGGCUUCAAGAAUAAGUAAGGGGUAACUGGGUAAAGGAUAGUCUGGUUAUAGGAAGAAAAGAAGUAAGCAAACUAAUAAUAGAUGAUCAAGUUAGCAUUAAAGGAGAUAUGAAUUGGUGUUAAACUACCAUUCCUAAUUUAAGAGCUUUUUUCCACCUGUACAUAGCUGCUUGCUGCACAAUUUACCUUUGUGCUCUAAAAAUCGCUCAGAUUGAAUUGUCAAUUUUAAUACAAUAUAUACUACUAUGUGUUAAUUGGGGUAUAAAAUCGCCUAUAAUAUUUCAAACAGGUUCCAGUUAAAUAUUCUUUUAAAGCUUUUCUUAUAUUCAAUCUCUCUCUCUUAACUUUGGCCACAAACUUGUCUAAUUUCAGCCAUUAAUACAACUUUCUGACUGAAGUUUUUUUAGGUUGGGUUUUGUUUGUUUGUUUUGUAAUCAGUAUAUAUUCAUGUCUUGAAAUCUUUGUGGAAGAUUUAGAAUUUCAGCCAAUUUUUUUCACAGAUAAUUUUCUAGAUUCUAUAGUAACAUCAAUGUAUUUCUUUUUUAAACUAAUACAGACAUCCUGAUUCACAGAAUCUGUUAAGCCAUAUUUUAUUAAUCAGAAGUUGCUAAAUAAAGCCCAGUUCCACGGGUUCAUUUGAAGCUGCAAAUUUUGGUCCAAAAUUAUAAGAGACUACUAUAUACAGUCCAAAUUAAAAUCAGUUAGUGAGAGGUCCUUGGUGCUCUCUGAGCUUGGUUGGUUCCCUCCCCCACCCCCACAUCCAGGUGUUUUUUUUUAAGGUAUCUAAUCUAGAUCUUUUUUCUAAUCUGUUCUAGGUAACAUCUCUAGCACUGAUGGUGUUACCUAGUUUGGGCAAUGAAACAUCUGCAAGAAAAAAACUAAACUCAGAGAGCACCAAGGACCCCCUCAUUUCAAUGCUGAGCUACAAAUAUGUUCAUUUACUGGUGUCCACAGUCAGUGUAUCCACUAUUUUUUAAUCUUCUUUGGAGUAAUAAAAACAUUGUUUUUAUGUUUUCAUCAAACUGAUAAAAACAAAUAACAUCAUUUGGAAGUAGCUAUGCAGAAUUUUACAACUAGAAGCAAAGCUGUUGAUUUACCCAACAAUGUAUCAGCAGUAUCUUCUAGGACCGUGAUGGUGAACCUAUGGCACAGGUGCCAGAAGUGGCACACAGAGCCCUUUCUACUGGCAUGCGCGCCGUCACCCCAAGUCAGAUAUUUGUGGCGUUUCUUUUGUGAGCUUCUAUUUUCCUGCAAACAAUGAAACAGAAGCUCAUGAAAGAAAAAGAUCUCUUGCCACGCUGCUGGUGUUGGGUUGCCACACCUCCCACUGGCCAGCUGGUCUGUUGGUCUCUGCUGCGCAUGUUUGUGCGCGCAUGCAUGUGCACCUUUCAGUUUGGGCAUGUGUGCACAGUUUGGGCACUUGGUGUUUAAAAGGUUCACUAUUACUGUUCUAGGAGAACAGCUGAUGUCACCAUAAGAGUUUACAGGAUCUCUAACAUUGCAAGAACUUCUAAAAGCAGGUACCUUUAUUUGGCUAUCAAGCUAAUUUUGAAAUCAGCAAUGUGACUGAUGAUCUAGCUUUCUCUUUCAUAAACAAGUUCCACAUUUAAUGUUUAUCACUCUGCCCUAUUAACCAUUACCCCGUGAAUAUUAGUUUUGUUCUCCACUUACAUUCAUUUAUAGAUCUUACACUGUGUUACCUUUAAUAUAGUAACCAAGUGUAAAGUAAGGCUAUGCAGUCAGACAGUAGUGUACAAUAAAUUUCCAUUAAAUGAUUUUAAUAUCCACAUUGAAUAGAAGGUGUAGCUUUCUCUGAAUCUGCACAUAGUCAUGUUGAAUACAGUAUGUAUCCCAAGUACAUUUUAGCUUUUGUUUUUGGUGGCUUCAAAUCAGUCUUGAUUCCUAAUGAUUUAAUGAAGAAACCUAUCUGGUUUUUCAAUAGUGGCUUGCUAGUAUCAACUUACUAGGGUUGAGAAAGAGUGACUGGCCCAAAGUUACCCAUCUGACUUUUUGCCUAAGGCAAGAUUAGAACUCCUGGUUUCAGGGUUCCUAAUUGUAGAUUAGGAUUGCAUCUCUGCAUAUUCAUACUGUAAUUUAUGUAUUAUUUCUUCGUAUUUUAAAUGAAUGGGUUUCACCAUUCUUAAAUUAAUAAACUUGGGGGGGGGAUAACAUUUUUUAUUCAAUAAGGAACUAUUACCGGUAGUUUUUUAAUUAGAUGCAAUUCAGGUAAUUAAAAUUAAACAAUGCUAGCGUGCCUUUCUAUUCUUUAGGUUUAUGUUCACAGGUAAUUUUCUUACAGCAUUAUCUCAUCUGAACCUAGAUAAUAAUUUACCAGUUACUUAUAGAUGCUAUAAUAAAUUCAGUGUUUAUUUAAGCAUAGUAGGUGGAAGAUAGCCAGAGAACUAUCCUCUCAUAACAGAAGACAGGGUUGGUGCUGUCGGCAUUUGUAAAAGAGGACUGGAUUUUAGAAUGAAACCAAGUUACUGGAUUACAAUACUGAAGAAAGUGUUCUACCCUCUUCUAGCCAUAAUUGGCAUUCCAUCAAACGUGAUGACAUUAGUGAUCUUCAGUCAAAAAAACUGUUUUAUUUCCACCUCCAGUCGCUACCUCCUCAUGGCUAUGUCAUUGGCUGACACAGUGGUCCUUAUUCUUGUGGUUGGCAUUGAGAUAAUUGUAGAAUGCUUUUGCGCAAGUCCAUUCUGGUACAGAGAUCCUUGGUGCACGUUGCGGGAUGUGUUCAACUAUGGUGCAGUUAACACUUCUGUCUGGCUGAUGGUUUCUUUCACCAUUGAGCGUUUCAUUGCAAUCAACAAUAUCAAGCUCAGGAUGAAAAUCUCUUCUCCCAGAAAAACACUUCAUAUUAUUGUUGGGAUUCAUGUUUGCUGUUAUACUGUGGCCAUCCCCCACUACUGGUCUAACUAUUCAGAAAUGGAGAAUGGUACGGGACAUGUCAUCUGCAAAUAUAACCCUGAACUCCCCAGUGCAUACGUGAAAGGACUUGUGUGGUUCCAGACUUCUGUGAUCUACAUUAUUCCAUACAUCAUUAUCUUCACCUUAAACAGCCUCAUUCUAAGGCAGAUAAUUCACAAUAACAAAGUGCACAGUGUCACUUGGCCAGUCUUGCACAGAACCCUGCCUGCAACCCAUUUGCGUAACUGGAAGAAAUCAAUCAUCCUUUUGGUUUCAGUUUCAAUGACAUUUGCCUGUCUCUGCACCACCAGGUUUGUGACUCAAAUCAUCAUAAAAACCUCCUACUAUGACAUAGAUAGGCAAGAUUAUUCAAAAACCAUUAAUAUCAUAACAGAUAUUGGUACUAUGCUGGAAAUGACUAACACUGCUAUAAAUAUGUAUCUGUACGCUUGUACCCAGUCUGCUUUCCGAAAGGAGCUUAUCCGAUAUUUGCAGAGUAUAUUGUGUUACUGGCCAACAAAAAAAAAGCAUCCACUGAACGUACUUUCAGUAUUGAGUUAGAUAGGCAGAAGUAAUACUGUUUGGUUGAGCUGCAAAUCACUGGAAGUGUAUGGUGUUUUACUUGCAGAAAUGCUGGACUAUUCCCUUUUAAUGACAAUAAAGCUGCUAAUUCUGCAUUAAAUUUCCUCUGCCAUCAUUCUCCUAAAUCAUGCAUUUCCUCAUCUUCUCAGCCUAUUUCCAAACAACAUAAAUGCUUUUUCUAAAUCUAAAUUCUAAAUGAUUUUCUUUGAUGUUUAUUAUUCAGGUCGGCCUUAAUUCCAUUGCUAUAGGAAAUGUCUAAUCCAAUUUCCAAGUCUAGAAAGUGACUUGAACCCAACAGUCAAUUUUAUAGCCAUAGCAAGCUAGAUGAUACUAAAGAAAUUUGUAGAAGGAUCCCUGCUUCUCUUUAUUAAUUGCCUGCUUCUGCUAGAGUUCUUUCCUUCACAUAGAGUAUUGGAAACAACUGGGCUUAGAGGACUGUAUUAUUUAGUAUGUUUCUUAACUUAAACUUACUUCUCCUUAAGCAAUACCUGCUCAAGCUUCAGCUAAUCCUAGUACAAAUUUGGAGAAUACUACUCUGUAACCCUGCCUUCAUCUUGAUGCCUUGUCUUAGCUGACUAGAUACCUUGCUAUCAUUUCUUUGUUCUUGCUUCUAUGAGACCAUUGGUCACAUGGUCCUUCCAUUCAGAAAUCCUCUCCACCUCCACCUAAUUCUUGGGUUGCCUAAAAGUUUUCCUCUCUUAAGCAAACCAUUUCUGCUAUUUUUUUAAUGUAGUUUCUUUGAUGAAUAUAAUAGCUGUCUCAGUUUUUGCCGUCUAGGUAGGGAAUGCCUGUUUUCUCUUAUUCCUUCAACAAGCCAGGAGCAGGAGAGGAAAAAUAAUGGGCAGCACAAUCACCAG